AUGGACAAAUCACAAGAACAUGUAACACACAGACGCCGUUUACAAAGAUCAAAAUCAAUAGACCGAUCUAGAUUUUUAAAUACAAGUAUGGACAAUACUUUGGACAACACAACUAUUUUUGACACAACCAUGAAAAGCUUACCAAAUACAUCAUCUUUAGACGAUAGCACAUAUACAGAAUUAAAAGUGCAAGUGGAAGAACUGAGCUCACAGCUAGUAUUGGCAAACAAAAAUAUAGAAAAUUUGAAUUUACAGAAUAAUACACUAAAAACAGAAAUAAUUAAUGUUAAAAAGCUGUUACAUACAUACAAGAUAUUAAUCCCUGAUAUUGAACUUCAAGAACAUGUCAAGUAUAUGAACACAGCGCCAUCUGUCGAAAUCAACAGCAAGCACGAUAAAGCACCUCAAUAUACAUCUACACAAGAAGAAACCAAACAACGUGACAAUACAAUAGACAAGAAUUUGACAAACUCACAUACAGAGGGCGUUAGGCCGCCUCAAAUAGAUUGUAAAAAGAAAAAUUGUGAUUAUAUAUACAAAAAAUCAAAUAUUAUAAUAAAGAAAACUCAAAAUAAUCAAAAAAUUAUGAUUUUAGGGGAUCAGCAAGCAUUAGGAUUAUCAAAAUUAUUAAGUAAAAAACUAUCUAACAAAAAAUGUUGUAUUACCUCUUUUAUUAAACCUGAUGCGACUUGUCAUGAUGUUCUUAACACAAAUCUUCAUAAUAAUUUUACAAAGGACGAUUAUUUGAUACUGUUAAUUGGUGCAAAUGACAAAAUACCCACAAAUAUAAUUUGUGCAUUGUCUGUGUUUUUGGCUCAAUCGCCUAACACACACAUAUUUCUUAUUCAGACAAUGAUAAACCCAUAUCUCAAUAUAAAUAUGCUUAAUAAUCAAUUAAAGUUAAUUAGUAAAAUAUAUAAAAACUGUAAAUAUAUAGGAUUAUCGGAAAAUAGUCGCUUUAACGCUAAUUACUUACAUGAUAUUUAUUCUAGAAUAAAAUUGGAAAUGGAAGCUAUAAGCUACUAUAAACUUUCUAUAGAAAAAAUUAAAUAUCACAAGAGUAAUAUGUCAAACAUUGAUAAAUUUGAUAUCUUAAGACGGACAAAGGGUACAAUCCCCUACUAUUUCUUAAAAAAUCCAAAUGAACUAAAUAAAAAAAGCAAUAAACAGAAUAAUAAGAGUAUAGAGUAUCAACAAAUAAAAGCACAAAAGGGUACAAUUCCUUAUUAUUUUAACAAAAAGAAUGAUAUAGGUAGUAAUUUGGAAAAGUAUUUAUUUCGACAUGCCACAAAGCUAUAA